AUGGCCGUGGUUGGUGUUCUUGCGCUACAAGGAUCUUUCAACGAGCACAUAGCUGCUCUUAGAAGGUUAGGGGUGAAAGGUGUGGAGAUUCGAAAGCCGGAGCAGCUUCAUACCGUUACUUCCCUGAUCAUCCCUGGUGGAGAAAGUACCACCAUGGCUAAGCUCGCUGAGUAUCAUAACUUGUUUCCUGCCUUGAGAGAGUUUGUAAGAAUGGGAAAACCUGUUUGGGGAACCUGUGCAGGGCUUAUAUUCUUGGCAAAUAAAGCUAUAGGACAGAAGACUGGUGGACAAGAUUUGGUUGGUGGACUUGAUUGUACUGUGCAUAGAAAUUUCUUUGGCAGUCAGAUUCAAAGCUUUGAGACAGAGCUUUCAGUGCCACAGCUUGCCUCCCAAGAAGGUGGUCCGGAAACAUUUCGUGGUAUUUUUAUUCGUGCUCCAGCAAUUAUUGAAGCAGGGCCAGAAGUUCAAGUGCUGGCUGAUUAUCCUGUAUCUUCUGACAGAUUGUUAAGUUUUGAUUCCUCUAUUAAAGACAAAAUGGAGAAUACUGAGGAAGAAAGUAAGGUUAUAGUUGCAGUAAGACAAGGGAACAUUCUAGGGACUGCUUUCCAUCCUGAAUUGACAGCUGAUACCCGAUGGCAUAGUUAUUUUGUGAAAAUAUCAAUGGAGAUUGGAGAAGAGACCUUAAGUAGCCUGGUUCCUGCACAAGUCAGCACAAAUCACAAUCAACUGGCCCCGAUUGACCUGCCUAUCUUUCAAUAG